CUUUCAUUCAUGCUGCAACAGAGCAGCGCAUAGAAAGGGCCUCCUAGGUCUCGCAUGGCGGCGAUGCCGGCACCGAGCGACUGGAAACGCAUCAGCAAUGGCGACAGCGACCACGUCGCAACAGCAGCCGGCGGAGGUGGAGGCGGCGGCAGCCCGUCGCGCUUCCUAGAGCUCGACGGAAUCAUAAAAUGUCAAUACCCGCGCUCCGACAUCACUGUCUCGAUCAGAAAGGCGGAAAUCGCGGGAUUUCCUCGGAAGUAUCCGGGAACUCUAAUGGAAGAAAUCCGUCGGAAGUCGAUCGAGAGCCGCGACGAGACGCAUCCGAGCGUCGACGACGACUCCGGUAGACACAGCGAUGCUGUCAGCACGGGUCGCGUCGACGACGACGACGAUCCGGCGUCGUAUGACGCAGAAACGGACGCAUUUGGGGAGCAGAGUCUGUUGAGUGUGGAAGAGUCGCGCAGUAUUGGCUUCGAUUCGAUACAGCUUGAUGAUUUUGCAUGUGAUGAUGGAAAUGAUCAAGAUGAUGAUGCUUGUGGAGGCGAGGUCGGUUCUAGUCGUUUGUAUCGUCGGAGAGGACGACUACGAACCUCAGAUUGGAUAAACGAACAGCAGGAGAUGAAUAAAGAUGCUCUAGUCUAUUUCAAAGUCGGGGCCAAGAGUAAGCAUGUUGUUCACUUCAAUGUGAAGAAGGGUGAUGUUGUCGUGUGGGAGUUUGGAACGUAUAAGAGAGACAUUGCGUUUGGUGUGCUGUUUGAAUCGACGGCCGUAGAAGAGCUGCCCGGUAACAGUACACAACUGGCGGAGAAAUAUGAGAAUGAGAGUGAUAACGAUAACGACGACGAGGACUUCGACGACACGGCCACUCCUCUCGAUCCCCAACCCCAUCCUGUUGAAACACCACAGGACAACCUCUUCCCCAUCCUACCGGAAUUCACAGUAAACAGUCACAUCACACCAAUCAUGGGCAGCCACUCGGCGAUAACAGACGGAAUAUACGUGAUCACGUUCGAUAACUCCUACUCCAAGUUCUUCUCUAAAGAUCUUUAUUAUAGAAUAACAACGCAGACUCAGACUGACUGUCACUCGGUAGAAAACUAGCGUCAACUCGACGUGCGCCCUCUCCAGGAUACGCAAACUGUAUGCACGAUGUUGAGACAAAGGUGCAAAGUGUAGAUAAGUUGCUGUCAAUGAGCCAGCUGUACAGUAGAUUCGAUUGUGCAAUAAUAGAUUAGGUGGUUAGGGUUUUGUUAGUAGACUUUGUUGAAAGGAUUAUACGGGUGAGUAAGAGUCACCAUCUUUGAUAGAAUG